AUGGCUGGCAAGAAAGCCCAAAAGGAGGCCGACGCCAAGGGCAAGGGGGGCAAAGGGAAAGGGAAGGAUGGCAAGAAGGGCAAGAAGGAGGUGGUCAGCGAGUCGGAGGAGCCCUCGGACACGGAGGUGACCAAGACGGAGGAGAGGAAGGAGAAGAAAGGGGGCCUCAAGGCAGUGGCGAUAAAGAAGCCAGGCCGGGGGAAGAAGGUGCAGCUAGAGACGGAGAAGGAGGAGGGCGACAGCGAUGCCGGGCAAGCGAAGAAGAACCUCAAGGGCACCUCCAAGCUGGUGAUGGGGCUGACAGCCGACAACGCCAAGAAGAAGAAGGGGGCCAAGGGYGCCGAGGCUCCGGGCCAGAAGAAAGCAGCCGCCAAGGCUGGAUCCAGCRCGGCCAAGGAGGAGGACAAGGAGCAGCAGGCCAAGGUCAAGAGGACCCUCCAGAGCACCUCCAAGCUCUUCCUUGGCUUCAAGAAGCUGGGCCUGCGGCGGCCCAAGAAGGGGCAGUUCAAGAACACGUCCCGCUUCUUCUGGGGGCUGCAGAAGCACAGCACCAAGAAGAAGAAGAAGAAGAAGAACAAGGCGGUGCUGAAGUCCACCUCGAACCUCAUGGUGCGCUUCAAGCAGAUCGGGAAGAAGCGCAAGGAGGCGGCGAGCGCCCCGCCGGCCCGGCCGUCCUUCCUGCUGCUGCGGCGGGGAGGGCCGGCGGAGGCGGCCGGCGCGUCGCUCUUCCGCCGGCGCCCGGAAAGGAAAUUCAAGCCGCGGGCGCAGAGUGGAGCGCUGGGCUCCCCCAGGGGCGGCCGGAGCCCCCCGUUACACCGGCGCAGCCCCCCUUUCGGCGGCUCCCGCUCGCCCGGCUCCUCGCGCCGCGGGCGGGAGCCGGCGGAGCUGCCGUACGAGGGCGAGGCGUUGGCCGGGGAGGACGGCGCGGGGCGCUACGCGGUGGUGACGCCGCAGAUCCAGAGGCUGGGCUCGCUGCGGCGCGCGUCCCGCAUGUACAAGCAGCACUGGUCCAAGCAGCACGUCGUGCGGGUGCAGGAGAUGCCCGACGCCUGGACGGCGGAGCAGGGCUACGCGCAGCGCCCCGCCGAGCGCCUCCGCGGCCGUGCCAGCCGCCGCGGAGCCGACAUCGGCCGCUACCUGAGCCAGCGCUCGCCCGCGCGCGCCUGGCGGGACCGCAACCCCUGGGUGGACGGGUACCUGGGCACCAAGCAGCCCUGGCGCAGCAAGAUGCAGUCCCUUUGCAGCCUGCCCAUCGUGCGCUACCAGGAGCAGCAGGAGGAGGACGGGCUGGAGGACAUGACCCAGCUGGAGGACCUCCAGGAAGCCGCCGUGCUGAGCAACAUCCGCACGCGGUUUGAGCGCCAGCUCAUCUACACCUACAUCGGCAGCAUCCUGGUCUCCGUCAAUCCCUACCGGCUGUACAACAUCUACGGCACGGAGCAGGUGCUGCAGUACGAGGGCAGGGCGCUGGGCGAGAACCCGCCGCACCUCUUUGCGAUUGCAAACGUUGCCUACAGUAGAAUGAUGGAUGCCAAACACAACCAGUGUAUCGUCAUCAGUGGGGAGAGCGGCUCGGGGAAGACGGAAGCCACCAAGCUGAUCCUGCGCUACCUGGCAGCGGUCAGUCAGAAGCGCAGCACGGCUCAGCAGAUAGAGAUYCUGGAGGCGACCCCCUUGCUGGAAUCCUUCGGCAAUGCCAAAACCGUGAGGAAUGACAAUUCCAGCAGGUUUGGGAAGUUUGUGGAAAUCUUUCUGGAAGACGGCUUGAUCUGUGGUGCCAUAACCUCGCAGUACCUGCUGGAGAAGUCCCGCGUGGUGUUCCAGGCCAAAAACGAGCGCAACUACCACAUCUUCUACGAGAUGCUGGCCGGGCUCCCUGCCCAGCAGCGGCAGAAGUACUGCCUGCAGGGCGCCGAGACCUACUACUACCUGAACCAGGGUGGGAACUGUGAGAUCCCUGGCAAGGAUGAUGCUGAGGAUUUCCGGCGGCUGCUCAACACCAUGGAGGUCCUGAGCUUCAGCAUCGAGGAGCAGAACAGCAUCUUCCGCAUCCUGUCCUCCAUCCUCCACCUGGGCAACGUCUACUUCGAAAAAUACGAGACGGACUGCCAGGAGGUGGCGACCGUGGUGAGCGCCACGGAGAUCCAGACCGUGGCCGAGCUGCUGCAGAUCUCGCCCGAGGGCCUGCAGAAGGCCAUCACCUUCAAGGUGACGGAGACGCUGCGGGAGAAGAUUUUUACCCCGCUGACUGUGGAGAGCGCCGUGGACGCCAGGGAUGCCAUUGCCAAGACCCUCUAUUCCCUGCUCUUUGGCUGGCUGACGGACCGCAUCAACAAGCUGGUGUACCCCCGGCAAGAGGCCCUCUCCAUCGCCAUCCUGGAUAUCUAUGGCUUUGAGGACCUCAACUUCAACAGCUUCGAGCAGUUGUGCAUCAACUACGCCAACGAGUACCUGCAGUUCUUCUUCAACAAGAUCGUCUUCCAGGAGGAGCAGGAGGAGUACAUCCGUGAGCAGAUCGAGUGGAAGGAAAUCCCCUUCAGCGACAACCAGCCCUGCAUCGACCUCAUCUCCCAGAAACCCUACGGCAUCCUGCGUAUCCUCGAUGACCAGAGCUGCUUCCCCCAGGCCACGGACCACACUUUCCUCCAGAAGUGUCACUACCACCACGGGACCAACCCRCUGUACACCAAGCCGAAGAUGCCGCUGCCCGAGUUCACCAUCAAACACUACGCAGGGAAGGUGACCUACCAGGUGCACAAGUUUUUGGAUAAGAACUAUGACCAGGUGCGGCAGGAYGUUCUGGACCUGUUCAUCAGCAGCAGGACCAAGGUGGUGGCCAACCUCUUCUUCGGCCAUGCCCAGGUGCUGGCCCGGCAGAGGAGCCUGGUGGGGAGGAGCAGCACCAGGACGCGGCGCUACAAGGCGCCCACCGUGGCUGCCAGGUUCCAGCAGUCCCUGCUGGACCUGGUGGAGAAGAUGGAGAGGUGCAAUCCCUUCUUCGUGCGCUGCCUCAAGCCCAACAACAAGAAGGAGCCCGGGCUCUUCGAGGCCGACGUCGUCAGCAGCCAGCUCCGCUACUCGGGCAUCCUGGAGACCAUCCGCAUCCGCAAGGAAGGAUUCCCCAUCCGCAUCCCCUUCCUCGUCUUCAUCGACAGGUACCGCUGCCUUGUCGACAUGUGGUCCAACGUCAUUCCCAACGGGACCAACUGCGUGGAGAUGCUGCGGAACCUCUGCCCCGUCACGCCCAGCAUGUACUACGUCGGUGUGAGCAAGCUCUUCCUCAAGGAGCAGCUGUACCAGGCGCUGGAGAGCAAGCGGUCGCGGGCGCAUCACCUGGCGGCGCUCACGCUGCAGCGCUACGCCCGCACCUUCUUCAUCAAGCGCCGCUUCCGCUCCCUGCGCCGCAAGAUCGUCCUGCUGCAGAGCCGGGCGCGCGGCUACCUGGCCAGGCAGCGCUACCGGCGCAUGAGGCACACGCUCAUCAAGUUCAGGUCGCUCGUGCACAUCUACGUGAACCGCCGGCGGUACCUCAAGAGGAAGGAGGACGCCCGGCGGCGGGCACAGGAGGAGAAAGAGAGGAUGAAGCAGGAGCUGACGAGGCGGGAGGUGAUGGACGUGACGCACCUGGAGAUCCCCGCCGAGCUCAUGGGGCUGCUGGAGGCCGCGGCAGCCGCCGGGCAGGUGAACGCCGGCUGCGUGGUGCUGGUGCCGCCGCCGGCGCUGCAGCCCGACUCGCGCCUCACGCUCCCGCUCGACAUCAACGACUACCCCAUGGCCAAGUACGUGCGGGGCCACUUCCAGGAGCCGGCGUUCGGGAUGCUCACGGCCCCGCUGGCCGCCCCCCUCACCCGCCUGGACGAGGAGCUCUGCCACGAGGCCCUCGGCCUUUUCAAGCUGAUCCUGCGCUUCAUGGGGGACCCGGGGCUGGGCGGCGUGCAGGAGACCCUCUUCGGCAACUACAUCGUGCAGAAGGGGCUGGCGGCGCCGGGGCUGCGGGACGAGCUGCUGGCGCAGGCGGCCAACCAGGUCUGGCGCAACACGAACGUCAACAACGAGGAGCGGGGCUGGCUGCUGCUGGCCGCCUGCCUCAGCGCCUUCCCGCCGUCCGCCGCCUUCGACAAGUACCUGCUCAAGUUCGUCUCCGACUACGCCUUCGCGGGCUACAAGCCGGUGUGCCAGCGCAAGCUGAUGCAGGCGAUGGGCGCCGCGGCGGCGCGCGCCCACCCGCCCUCGCUGCUGGAGUGGACGGCCAACAGGCAGCAGGCCCGCAUGGCGCUCGACGUGCACUGCUUCAACGGCGACCGCUUCUCCUGCCCCGUCCACUCGUGGAGCACCGGCGAGGACCUGGCGGGGGACGUCCUGAAGCACAGGGGCUUGGCCGAGGGCUGCCGCGGCUGGUCCGUGUCCAUGAAGGAGGGCGCCCAGUGGGCCGAGCUGGCCGGCCACGACUACGUGCUGGACCUGGUCUCUGAGCUCGAGCUGCUCCCCGGCUUCCCCAAGCAGAAGUCCUACUUCCUCAUCGCCUGGGAGGGCGCCGAGAGCCGCGGCGGUGCCGGCCGCGCGGUGCUGAGACACGGCCUGGACCUGGACGAAGUGCCGCCGCCUCCGGCUGUGAGAGCCCCGACGCUGCCGGCCCGCGCGGCGCCGGCCGCCGACGCGUACCCGGCCCACGACGCCGAAUUUGGCGAGCCGCGGAGCCAGAAGGGCCUGGACCGCUACCUGGACAGCCUCUUCGACCCGGUGCUCUCCUACGGCAAUGGGGAGCUGGACAAGCCGGCCGCGCUCUCGCAGCGCAUGAAGGGAGGCGGCGGCRGCGACGCCGAGCGCGGCGGCCCGGCUGAGCGGCACCCACCCGGGGGUCUCGCGGGAGCAGAGCCGGCGCCGUCCCCGCCGCGCCGCGCAGACGCCAAGGGGCCGCCCGGGAUCCCGGGCAGAGCGGUGGAGGGGACGCCGGCCGUCCCGCAGCCCCGGCCCUACGCGCAGAAAGCCGCGCCCGGGGGCCGGCGCUGGCCCGGCGAGCUCGUGCGUCACUCCCGCCUCAACUCGGAGCACUUCCCGCRGCCCACGCAGAACAUCCGCAACAUCAUCCGGCAGUGCCAGCCGGCRGCACGCGGCCCCGCGCCCGCCAGGAAGGAAGGCGGCAAGCUCUUCGGGAAGAAGCAGGACCCCCACGAGGAGGCCAUGCAGAUCCUGAAGGGGCAGCUCUCGGCGCCCAGGGAGGCGGUGGCCGCGGUGAAGCCGGUGACCAGCGCUGGGUUCCAGCUGCGAGCGCCRCCCGGGCGGCCGCUGUCCCCUGCCCGGCCCCCAGUCGCCGUGUCCCGGGAGCUGCCGUCCGAGGCGCAGCAGGUCCAGACCCAGCUGCACCGGAGCUGCAGCGAGGACUUCUACACCUACCGCAACGUGCCCUGGAAGAUUUACAUCCGCAAGGAGGUUUUCUACCCCAAGGACAACUUCAACGACCCGCUGCUGCUGGACCUCGUCUUCCGGCAGAUCUUCAGCGACACCCUCUGCGACACCUGCGUGCGGCUCAGCCAGGAGGAGCGGCUCCGCAUGAAAUCCCUCUUUGCGGAAAACAAGCUGGAUUCCUUCAGCCCCGUGGCCACCGAGAGCGUCAAGAGGGAGAUCAUCGUGGCGGCGCGUGACGGCUGCGACGUCUAUUUCUCGCGCCUCUUCCCCGCCACGGGCAGCGUGGGCACCGGCGUGCAGAUCCUGGCCGUGUCCCACGCCGGCAUCAAGCUGCUGCGCCUGGUCAAGGGCACCAACAUGCCCGGCGAGCAGCUGCGCGUGCUGCGCGGCUACAGCUACGCCGACGUGCUCUUCGUGACCACCCCGUCCAGGAACAUGCUGGAGUUCAACCUGAGCAGCGAGAAGCUCAUCCUCUUCUCCCCGAAGGCGCCGCAGGUCAAGGCCAUGGUUGACCACUUCAUCACGGAGCUCCGGAAGGACUCCCAGUAUGUGGUGGCUGUGAGGAACUACAGCCCGGAGGACAGGGGCCAGCUGAGCUUCCACAAAGGGGACAUCAUCCACCUGCAGUCGCUGGAGCAGCCUGAGAGAGACCACUACUAUGGCUGCGUGGUCCGUAAGAAGGUCAUGUACCUGGAGGAGCUGCAGACGGGCACGCAGGACUUCGGCUGGAAGUUCGGGGCCAUCCACGGCAGGUCGGGGCUCUUCCCCRCCGAGUACGUCCAGCCCGUCGCCGCCCCCGACUUCGUGCACUUGCCGGCGGACACCAAGGAGGAGCCCAGGGACAAGCAGGGCAAGGUGGCGGCCUCGGCGGCCGUGGCCGUGGCCGUGGCCUCCACCGCYGUGGCCUGGAAGCUCGACCGGAAAACGGAGGCGCCCGCCGGCUGCUCCGAGGGCGCGGAGGGCCGCGGCACCGCGGGGUCCGUGGUGCCGCGCGGGGCGCUCCCCAUGCUGGCCUUCGCCCGGCAGCAUUUCCGUGCGGCGCGGCACGGGCAGACGGACUCCCACGGGCAGACAGGCAAGCAGGCCGGGGAGCCGCUGGAUGAGAUGGAGAUGCUCAAGUUCACCAAGGUCCCCAUCCAGGAGUCGCUCAUCGACUUCGCUGACAGCGGUGUCAGCAAACUGGCCGUCGAGGCUUUCCAAGCUGUGAUGAAGUUCAUGGGUGACUACCCUCCGAGGGGCCAGUCGGAGCUGGACACCGUCUGCACCAUCCUCAAGCUGUGCGCAGAGCACGAGGUCCUGCGCGAYGAGGUCUAUUGCCAGAUUCUCAAGCAGAUCACGGACAACACCAGCUCCAAGCCCGACAGCUGCCAGAAGGGCUGGAGGCUGCUCUACAUCCUCACUGCCUACUACAAGUGCUCCGAGGUGCUCAAGCCCUUCCUGCUGGCUUUCCUGCAGGACGCCGGCGGGCGCCCGGCGCUGCCCUUCCAGGGCAUCUCCAAAGCCUGUGAGCAAAACCUGCGGAAAACRCUGCAGUUUGGUGGCCGGUGCCUCUUCCCCAGCAGCAUGGAGCUCAAAGCCAUGGUGGCCGGACGCAGCGCCAAGCGCCAGCUCUUCCUCCUGCCCGGCGGCAUCGAGAGGCACCUCAAGAUCAAGACGUGCUCGGUGGCUCUGGACGUGAUAGAGGAGCUGUGCUCCGAGAUGGGGCUGCAGCGCCCGGAGGCCUUCGACGAGUACAUCCUCUUCGUGGUCAGCGACAGGGGGCAGAGCGUGCGGCCCCUGACCCGCAGGGAAUACAUCCUGGACGUGGCCACCGAGACCGAGCGCCUCGACGCCAGCUACAUGUUCUGGUGCCGCCGCGUGGUCUGGAGCCAGCCGCUCAAGUUCGACAACGAGCUCUACGUCACCGUGCACUACAACCAGGUCCUCCCCGACUACCUCAAGGGGCUCUUCAACGUGCUGCCGCCCGCGCGGCUCGGGGAGCAGCACCUGCAGCAAGCGGCCAAGCUGGCCGCGCUGCAGCACCGCGCCAAGGACGGCCGCGCGCUGCCCACCGCGCGGGAGCUGCAGGACUACGUCCCCCCGCAGCUCUUCCGCCUGCUGAAGGCGCAGUCCUGGCUCCACAUGGUGAGCCAGCACAUGCAGCAAGCGCAGGCGCUCAGCGCCCACCAGGCGCGCGCGCAGUUCCUGGGGCUGCUGAGCGCCUACCCCAUGUUCGGGUCCUCCUUCUUCUACAUCCAGAGCUGCAGCAACAACGCCAUCGUCUCGCCCUGCAUCCUUGCCGUCAACCAGAACGGCCUCAACUUCCUCAGCAAGGAGACCCAYGAGCCCGUGGCCAAGUUCUCCCUGAAGGAGAUCCAGUCGACGCGGACGCGGCGGCCGGCGGGCGGCUCCAGCUCCCCGUACGUGGAGAUCGCGCUGGGCGACCUGCUCUCGCAGGGCAUCACCCAGYUGCAGCUGGAGCAGGGCCUGGAGCUGUGCCGCGUGGUGGCCACGCACAUGGAGAGCCUGCUGUGCGCGCGCGAGAAGCGCCUCACGCUGCCGCCCAGCGAGAUCACGCUGCUCUGA